GUUACUUCAUCGAAUGCUACUGUCAGUCCAUCUAAUAGUUCAUCGGGUGCUACCGUCACUCCAUUAGUUAGUUCAAUGGAUGCUAGCCCAUCAGUUACUUCAUCAGAUGCUACCGUUAGCCCAUCAGUUACUUCAUCGAAUGCUACUGUCAGUCCAUCUAAUAGUUCAUCGGGUGCUACCGUCACUCCAUUAGUUAGUUCAAUGGAUGCUAGUCCAUCAGUUACUUCAUCAGAUGCUACCGUCACUCCAUCAGUUACUUCAUCGAAUGCUACUGUCAGCCCAUCUAAUAGUUCAUCAGGUGCUACCGUCACUCCAUCAGUUAGUUCAAUGGAUGCUAGCCCAUCAGUUACUUCAUCAGAUGCUACCAUUAGUCCAUCUGUUACUUCAUCGAAUGCUACUGUUAGUCCAUCUAAUAGUUCAUCGGGUGCUACCGUCACUCCAUUAGUUAGUUCAACAGAUGCUAGUCCAUCAGUUACUUCAUCAGAUGCUACCGUUAGCCCAUCAGUUACUUCAUCGAAUGCUACUGUUAGUCCAUCUAAUAGUUCAUCGGGUGCUACUGUCACUCCAUCAGUCAGUUCAAUGGUUGCUACUAGUUCAUCAGUUGCUACCAUCAGCCCAUCAAUAGUUUCUCCAUCACCUGAAGCAGUCAUGAGCUCUUUAGAUGAUAUUUUCUUCAGUUCAGUGGAUUUGGAUGCUACAUCUUCAGUCGCUACACUGGAUCUCAUUGCUUCUUCUUCUCCAGUUAUUUCUGCCAUGACAAGCUCUUCAUUUAUCAGCAUCACUGAUGUCAAGUUUACAGCAACACAGACUGAUUCUACAUCUACAAUCCAUUCAUUUUCUAUUGGUAUUCCAUCAACAUCCAUCAGCAUAACCAGCAACAUCAGUAGUACAGUAUUUGAUGUUUCUUCUAUAGUGUCUAGUCUCGUUAUUUCAGUUACUGAUUUAAGUUCAACAUCACUUGAUGUCACCAGCAGUUAUCUUACAACAAGACCUGAUGUCACCAGUACUUCUCUUGCUACAACACUUAAUGUUACCAGUACUUCUCUUGCUACAACACUUAAUGUUACCAGUACUUCUCUUGCUACAACACUUAAUGUUACCAGUACUUCUCCUGCUACAACACUUAAUGUUACCAGUACUUCUCCUGCUACAACACUUGAUGUUACCAGUACUUCUCUUGCUACAACACUUAAUGUUACCAGUACUUCUCCUGCUACAACGCUUAAUGUUACCAGUACUUCUCUUGCUACAACACUUAAUGUUACCAGUACUUCUCCUGCUACAACGCUUAAUGUUACCAGUACUUCUCUUGCUACAACACUUAAUAUCACCAGUACUUCUCUUGCUACAACACUUGAUGUUACCA